AUCAACAAAAGCGCAGCUCUUUACCCUCCGUGCCCUUACCCUCAGACUCAGAGGCCAGCCUCCUCCCCCCCUGUCAUUUUAUUUUUACGUUUCCAGCGUCACAUCCCCUCUGGCCUGGCCGGAGGAAUGUAGAGACGGAGGGGCUUUAAAAAUAGCAUCCUCCGCUCUGACAGCGCCGCUCCGCAGCACUCUGCAGGGAGAAGCAGGAAUGCGAAGAUGGCUGCAGACCUGGGAGAGCUGCUGGUCCCCUUCAUGCCCACCAUCAGAGUCCCCAAAACAGGAGACAGAGUCUACAAGAGCGAGUGCGCCUUCUCCUUCGACUCCCCCGAGUCUGAGGGAGGCCUGUAUGUGUGUAUGAACACAUUCCUGGGCUUCGGACGGGAACAUGUGGAGAGGCAUUAUCGCAAAACAGGACAGAGUGUUUACAUGCACCUCAAACGACAUGUUAAAGAGAAAACCACAGGUGCUGCCGGAGGUGCCAUCCCCAGACGAAGAAAUGGAAAAGUGUUUCUAGAUUUAGAGCUAAACCGAGAUUUUAACGGAGAGGACUAUGAGUAUGAGGAUGAGGCAAAGCUCGUCAUUUUUCCAGACCACUUCGAGAUCCCUUUACCAAAUAUUGAGGAGUUGCCUGCUCUGGUGACCAUAGCCUGUGAUGCAGUACUUAACGCACCUUCAGCUUACAAGAAACAGGAGCUUGAGUCUUGGGAGGAGGAGAUCCAGGUGUCAAGACAUGCCAGAAGCCUCAGACAGCUGGAUAAUGGAGUCCGGAUCCCACCCAGUGGCUGGAAGUGUCAGAAAUGCGAGAUGAGAGAGAACCUGUGGCUGAACCUGACUGACGGCUCGGUUCUUUGUGGGAAGUGGUUCUUUGAUGGGAGUGGGGGCAACGGUCACGCUCUGGAGCACUACAGAGAGACCAGCUACCCACUGGCUGUUAAACUGGACACCAUCACUCCAGACGGAGCAGAUGUUUAUUCGUUUGAGGAGGAAGAGGCUGUUUUGGACCCCCACAUGUCAGAGCACUUGUCACACUUUGGGGUAGACAUGCUCCAGAUGCAGAGGAGAACAGAAAAUGGACACCACACAGACAAUAACCCCCGACCGCGAGUCAGUGAGUGGGAAGUGAUCCAAGAGUCGGGCAUGAAGCUGAAGGCGGUGUUUGGUUCUGGUUACACAGGCAUCAAAAACCUGGGAAACAGCUGCUACCUCAGCACAGUGCUACAGGUCCUGUUCAGCAUCCCAGAUUUCCAGAGGAUGUAUGUAGGUAACCUUCAGAGGAUAUUUGACUAUUCGCCCCUGGACCCCACCCAGGAUUUCGCCACACAGAUGGCUAAACUGGGACACGGGCUCCUCUCAGGCCAGUACUCCAAACCACCCAUGAAAUCUGAGCUCAUUGAACAGGUGAUGAAAGAAGAACACAAGGUAUUAAACGGGCACCAACAGAGGGGAAUCUCUCCCCGAAUGCUCAAGGCACUGGUCAGCAGGGGGCACCCAGAGUUUUCCUCCAACAGACAACAAGAUGGCCAUGAGUUCUUCCUGCACCUUAUCAACUUGGUGGAAAGAAACAGUGCUGGUUCAGAGAAUCCAAGCGACUCGUUUCGUUUCUUGGUGGAGGAGAGAGUUCAGUGCUGUCAGACUCGGCGGGUUCGUUACACUCAGCGGGUCGACUACUGCAUCCAGCUACCGGCUCCCAUAGAAGCAGCGACAAACAGAGAGGAGUUGCUUGCAUAUGAGGCCAGGCGGAAAGAAGCCGAGGAGAACACGCGUGCCCCUCCUGAACCGGUGCGAGCACGGAUCCCUUUCACAGCCUGUCUUCAGGCCUUUACAGAGCCUGAAAACGUCCCCGAUUUCUGGAGUUCAGCGUUACAGGCCAAAUCAGCUGGAGUCAAAACUUCCCGCUUUGCCUCGUUCCCAGAGUAUCUUGUUAUGCAGAUCAAGAAAUUCACCUUCGGUGUUGACUGGGUGCCAAAGAAGCUUGACCUGGCCAUCGAUGUUCCAGACUUCUUGGACCUGAGCCGGCUCCGAGCCACAGGGCUGCAGGCGGGCGAAGAGGAGCUUCCGGAUCUCAUGCCUCCCAUUGUUUUACCGGAAGACACCAGAGAUAACUCCAUGAGCUCAACCGACUCUCCAGAGAUAGACGAAGGCGCCGUUAUGCAGCUGGCAGAGAUGGGUUUUCCACUGGAGGCCUGCAGGAAGGCUGUGUACUACACAGGAAACAUGGGCCCAGAGAUGGCCUUCAACUGGAUCAUAGCCCACAUGGAGGAGCCUGACUUUGCUGAACCUCUCACUUUGCCCUCAAUGAUGGAUCCUCUUCCCUCUACCAGUAACAGCCCCAUGGGGGCGACGCCACUGGACAACUUGCCUCCCGAGGAGAGCAUCGCCAUCCUCACCUCGAUGGGCUUUCCUCGCAAUCACAGCAUCCGCGCUCUCAAAGCCACGAAUAAUAAUCUUGAGCGAGCGCUCGACUGGAUCUUCUCCCACCCAGAGGAGGAGGAGAGCGACGGGCUCUCUGACAUGGCGGACACGGAGCCCAACGACAACGCCUUUUCCAACAUGAACUCGCACAGCGACUCCACGCUGUCCCCAGACAGAGAAACGUCCGGCCCGAGAGUCAAAGAUGGACCAGGACGAUAUGAGCUGUUUGCCAUCAUCAGCCACAUGGGAGCCUCCACAAUGUCUGGACAUUAUGUUUGUCACAUCAAAAAAGAGGGAAGGUGGGUGAUCUACAACGACCACAAAGUGUGUUUGUCAGAAAGGCCUCCAAAGGACUUGGGCUACAUCUACUUUUACCGUCGCCUCUCGAGCAGUUAAAAUCGCUGCCUCCCUCCUCCCUGCAGUCUUUAAAUAGCUUCAGUCUUUUACCCAGAAAUACUGGCAGACACCUGCGACGACAGCCACAGCAGAAACGAUGGAAGAAACCUCACAGACCAGCUUCUUGCCUUAUCCUCAUCUCACAUAGGAGUAAUUAGGAAUAAUAGUCAAAAAAGGAAAGCGAUGUGCUUAUUUUCUGUGCAUUUGUCGUGCUUUGAAUGUAUAUUUUAUGGUUUAUGUUGGGAGAGAUAAAGAGAGGGGAAAAAAGUAAGUACACAGGGAUGCAUGCAAUUUGUACUUCUGGAGUGGUCUGGAAACAAAACGAUGCAACAUAUCAAAUCAGGUUGUUCCUCCGCUCUGCCUUCAGCUGCUGUGCUGUACUUUCACACUGCUACAUUUUAUAAAUGUGUGCUUAGAUGGCAGUGCUACACUUCCACUCCACAAUUGCUCAGAUUCUGCAACAAAACAUAAGUGAUGUCUGUGCUGUUGGUGGCUUUGCAUCUUGCCAGGAAAUACAACAAAUGUGUCCCAUUCAUUCACUCUGGAUGCUGAGGGAACACCCCAAACACCUUUUAAGCUUUCAGAUUCAGGGAAGCACAAGGAAGGUUAAAAUGUUAUCUAGACUGUAAAUACACAGAAUUAUUUGCUGGAUUACAGCUAAAAACUGCCCCAGAAACAAAAUGUUUCUGUGUUUUUCUGCGCUGACUGACUUCCAAAACCCCCAAAAGCACUUUUAAAUAAAAAAAAAUGUUCUGCACUUGAUGCAAAAGAAGUGGAAUAACAUGUUUAUUCACCAACAAGUGAAGUUAAAUUAUUCCUUAAACCGUGACAGUAUUAAAUAUCGUGAAUGCCCAAUUGGAGCAUGUAUAAGCCUGUUUAAAUAAAUAUUAGGUCAGUGCUGCAGCUAUAUCUCGUAUAAAAGUUCACAGUCCUGAACUUUUUAAACAGUUUUUGCCCAAAUUGCAAAAUAUUUGCUUCCUCUGCAAACUUGAACCCAGCUGCACCUGCAGCAGUUUGGUUUCUUUAUCACCCUGACAGAUUCAGACUGUGACCCAAAAAGGUGAAAUGAAUGUUUUCUUUGAGUUGCUGCCAAUUUGCAGGACUCUUGUUGUUAUUUAUUGAACUGUUGUCCAGACUCCAGAGCAGCACGUCUGGAGAAAUAUGCACUGCAACUAAAUCCGGGAUGAAGGCUGCACACUGAUCUGUGUCUCCUCCGCAGUGCACACGCUGCACAUGCUUUUACAUUGCCAAAUGUAAAUCUCUAUGGUGCUCAUUGUAAACAGAACCUCCUCUUUCAAAACCCUUAAAGCAGCAAAAAUCAUUCAACUCAUUUGAAUCUAAAUAGGAUGUCUUCAACAUUCAGGAUGCACUGACUGGUAGACAUGGGAUUUAUACAUCAAGGUUUCAAAAGGUUAGUUUCCAGCUGAUAUCAUCUUGUUAUACUUUAGAGAGUACAAAGAGCAGAACAGCUUAGAAGGUAUAUGUUGUGCAAUAAGUACUUAAAAACUAAAUUUAAGGGGCAUUUUUUAAAUGUAAUUUGCUGUGAAUCAAAAUGACAGUAAAUAAAUCAUUUAACGAUAAAUCAGUAUAAUUUAUUUUAGCAGCAGCAGUGGGAAUAAUUUUAUGUUUUGUUAUUUUAAACACAUUGACGCACUGAAGCCAUGACGUUUUACCACAACCUUCUCAAACCAGCAGAAUCUCAUGCUGGCCCACGCUGGUUUGUUGUACUUUAGUUUGGACUGGAAUAUAAACUGGUUUUGUUUUAUGCAUCCACGCAAAAGACAGUGCAAUAUUUCAACGCAUUGGCCAUUUGUUUUGUGCACUGACAUGCUUAGCAGCAACUCAGUGGCUCCUGAAGCUGGAGGUCUUGAGAAUUCAAAGUUUACUCUCAAAUUGAUCCUGGAUAUAAAAAGAUAAUUCAGUAUUUAGGGUUUGGAAGGUCUAAUUUUAUUCUUCUUUAUUUGACGUACCAGUGGUGAAUGUAUUUCCUGACUGGUCACAUGUCUUUGUUUGCUUUGCAGAACUUCACUUUGACAUCUGUGGGUUGUAACGUUUUUUUGUCCUCCAAAACUCAAGUCCAUCUUUACAUUUAAUUGUCGACAUAAUGGUUUCCAUAAAAAAAAUUGGAUGCCAACUAACCAAUGUUAAUUAGUGUGUUGUAAAAAAGAAAAAAAAUAGUAGUUUGAAUAAGAACAGCAACAAAAACGAUAUUUUUAGCUGGUAGUUGGAAUAUGACGGAAUAGAAACAAAAACGCUUCUUUCAUUCAUAAUCACCUAAAGGCUGUUUCUAUUCUGUCUUUACAGAUUAAAUGCUAUUUUAACAAAUACUCAAUCUAUGGGAUAAACUUAAUUUUCACUGUGCUCCUCUUUAACAACACUGUGCCUAAACCUCCCUGGACAAAUCUCUUAACUCAUAUCAAAUCUCCACCUCUCAAUGAAACUGCUGCUGUGUUUCUCGUCUAUGCAGCAGGAAAUAUUACUCAAAGUUUCUAUGCAAGUCCUGCAUUUCUGCUGCUCCUCAUCAGCAGAUGACUGAUGAGGUUGUUGUCUCGCUCAGCUGUGGUCAGUUAUAAAUGUGUCCACCUGUGCUCUGAAGUUUGUCUUUUUGCUGCCCCUUCUGUUUCCUGGAUAGAUAUUUUUAUUUAUUUUUUUUAUUCUUGUCUUGUUUCAGCUUUUCCUCCCCUCUCUCCUUUCUUGUCUUCUUAUUCAAUUUGUUACAAGAAAAAGUUUCAUAUUCAGCACGUGCACUAAAGGUCAACAAGUAGUUAUUUGGAUUGUACAAUAGUACUUUUGCAGCUUUUAUCCUAAUUUUUUUUUCACUUCCAUAAAUGUCAAACAUGUUGAUUGUUUUUCUCCCUGCUGCCUUUUUGCAAAAGGAUCUGUGCCACCACCUUAGUUUUUAUUCGUGGGAUUAUUUUACUUUUGUAAUGUAGCUGUUAAUUCAAAUGUGGCUUUAAUGUACGUGAAUACCGUACAGUAUAUCCAGUGGCACUGUUUACUUUAUGAUGUUUGGGUAAUUUAAUAAACUCCACAUUUGUUGAAAUAACCUGAAAA